AUGAACUCUGUCGACGAGAUCGGAACUCGAAUUUCCCAAAAAUCGAAGGCAGAAUUGCUUGUUCCUGCAUUGAAAGGAACACUUAAUGUUCUCAACUCCUGUGCAAAAGUUCCAUCUAUAAAGAGAGUGGUUCUGACAUCUUCAACGGCUGCAGUCAUGUGGUAUGUUCUCUCCAAAACUGUGGCUGAGGAAGCUGCCUGGAAGCUUGCAAAAGAGAAGGGUAUUGACUUGGUGACAAUAAAUCCUGGAAUGGUUAUUGGACCAUUGUUGCAGCCAACACUCAACACAAGUGCAGCUACAAUAGCCAGCUUAUUCAGUGGUAUGCCUCGCAUUUGA